AUGGGCUGGGGGAUACUCAAAAAGACACGUGAAUUGCAAGACGCUAGAGUUAAAGUCCACAGUUUGAUUGAUGAACUAAAAGAUCGUGCACUGUUGUUGGAUGGUGACGAACACCAUACAGUCAAAAUGCACGAUAUCAUUCGUGACGUUGCCAUAUCAAUUGCAAGAAAAAGUCAUUUCUAUUGUUUUACAGAUGAUUCUGAGGUAAGAUGCCUUGAAAAUGAAGUUCUUCAAAAAUCAAAGGUGAUUUUACCACUUUACGGUAAUGUGGCCGAGCUACUUCGUGAAGGGUUGGAAUAUAAACAGCUUAAGUUAAUUUGGUUGCAGCAAAGGGAAGCUUCCCAAAUCCCAGAUAAAUUUUUUGAAAUCACAAAAAAUCUUAGAGUUCUGUAUCUGGGUUCUAAUGAACGUUUAGAAAAAUUACCUUCAUCUUUAUGUUCUCUGCGACAUCUCCGUACAUUGAUUUUGAGUUGCCAGAAUGUGGAAGACAUAUCUAUGAUUGGAGGGCUCAAAAACUUGGAAAUUCUUGACCUUUCAGCGUGUGGCAUCGAGGAAUUACCAAGAGAAGUCGGAAAACUUCCUUGUUUACGCAUGUUAGAUUUGCGUGGAUGCACUCAACUUAAAAUCAUUCAACCCGAUGUCAUAUCAAAUUUGAAAUCAUUAGAAGAGUUGUAUGUGGUGAAUAGUUUUAGCGAUUGGGAUGGUCAAGUUCAAGGAGUCAACGGGGACCAAAGAAAUGCCAGUCUUGAUGAGCUAAAACUUUUGAAACGGCUGACCACUUUACAUUUAAAAAUAGUUGACAUCGAGGUGCUGCCAAAAGACCUAUUCAGAUCCAUAGAAUUGAAACAGUAUCAGAUUUCUAUAGGAUGUCCAUUGACUGACAUGCUCAUUGAUUAUUCUUCAAGAUGUUUGGAACUCAGACUUGACGAAAACAAACUAUUAGAUGACUAUGGUCUUGAAAGAUUGUUGGCGAGCACUCAAACGUUGUGUUUAGAUGGAUUGCAAGGUGCGCGUAAUGUUGUCUAUGAAUUAGACAAAGAUGGUUUUCCAGAUUUAAAGCAGUUUAAACUGAAAGACAAUCGGACGAUCCAGUGCUUUGUUAAGUCGACGGAGCAAAUUCAUGCUUGUAGCGUGUUUGAAAACUUGGAAACAUUACAGCUUGACAAUUUGGAAAAUCUGCAGAAGAUAUCUGAUGGGAAACUCACAAAAGAAUCAUUUAAAAGAUUGAGAAUUAUAAAGGUAAGUAAUUGUAACGUGCUGAAGAAUCUUCUGCCAUUCCCCAUGAGUAAGCUCGAGAAAAUUAAAAUAGAAGAUUGCGGCAUGAUGGAGGAGAUAGUUUCCGAUCAUGAAGAAGAAGAACACAUGAGCAAGGAAGUUAUUGGCGACUUUCCUCAAUUACGCUCCUUGAAGUUGAAAAAUGUUCCAAGGCUUAAAAGUUUCUGCUCCAAAUUGAAGAAAAUUCAAAGGUCUGAAAAGGGGAAGCAACCAAUGGAUGUAGAUAAUUCUGUAAAGACUCUGCUUAGUGGGAAGUUGGUUUUUCUUCCUGUUUUGGAGGAAUUGGAAUUGUUCAAUUGCAAUGAUUUAACAAGAAUAUGGGAUGAUCAGACUCUACCAAGCUCUGCUUAUUUUCACAACUUAACAAACUUGCGCGUGGAAUACUGCCAUUCAUUGGAAUAUCUAUUUUCAUCUGCUGUGAUUUAUGAUCUUGGACGCCUCACAACAUUCUCCUCUGAAAUUGACAUCGACUUUCCUGUUUUAACUAAACUCUGCAUGGAAUACUGCCCGGAAUUUUCGACUUUCAUUUCCAAGUCUGAAGAUGAAAAGCUGCUAUCUCUCUUCAAUGAAAAGGUUGCAUUCCCCAGCUUAAAGAAUUUGGAAAUUAGAGCCAUGAAUAAGUUGAGGAUGAUAGCCAAUAAUGCAGACGUAUUUUGUAAAUUGGAGAAGUUGCAAAUUUUUCACUGCAACAAUGUAAUGAAGAUAUUCGGAUCCGGUAUGCAAAGAGCACUCGGCAGUAUAAGAAGUUUGGACAUAAGUUUUUGUGACAUGUUGGAAGAAGUAUUUGAAAUGCGAACAUCGAGUUUUGAAGAAAUUACACACGACACAAUAUCAGCUCAGUUGAUUCAUUUGAGCCUCUCUUAUUUACCAAAGUUGAGGUAUGUGUGGAACAAAGAUCCUCAAGGAACGAUUACCUUCACACACCUUGAGGAUGUUGUAGUUAUGGAAUGUCCAAGUCUGAAAUCAAUCUUUCCACUUUCCAUUGCCAAAGGUCUUUCCAAACUUCGAAAACUAUCUCUUUUUUUUUGUGGGAUAGAACAAAUUGUUGAAGCUGUAAGGACUACUGUACCAGUACCACCUGAGUUUGUAUUCCCUCUAUUGGAAGAAAUAGAAUUGGAAUUUAUGAAAAAUCUUGUAAGAUUUUAUCCUGGACCGCACACCUCUAUUUGGCCUUCAUUAACAAGUCUAGUUUUAAAGAGCUGUGAGAAAGUGAAGGUUUUGGCUUCGGAAUUAUCCCGCUUUCAAGAAGAGCUUGCGCAUAAUGAUCAUGAUGAUAGUCCAAUCACACUAGUACCAUUAUUUCUCACCAAGGUGAUCCAUUUUCCACAACUCAGAUCCAUUGAAUUAAGUGAUUGUUUGAAUAUGAAAGAAAUAGUGAGAACUAGUGAAAAGAUGAAUAAGAUGCCAUUUCCGAAGUUAGAUUAUCUGGGGAUUAAAAAUCUUGGACGCCUCACAACAUUCUCCUCUGAAAUUUACAUCGACUUUCCAGUUUUAACUAAACUUUUCAUGGAGAACUGCCCUCAAUUUUCUACUUUCAUUUCCAAGUCUAGAGAAGAAAAGCAACCAUCUCUCUUCAACGAAAAGGUUGCAUUCCCCAGCUUAAAGAAAUUGCAAAUUAGAGCCAUGAAUAACUUGAAGAUGAUAGCCAAUAAUACAGAUGCAUUUUGUACUUUGGAGGAGUUAGGAAUUUUUAGCUGCGACAAUGUAAUGAAGAUAUUUGGAUCCGGUAAGCAAAGAGCACUCGGCAGUCUAAGAAAGUUGGACAUAAGAUCGUGUGACAUCUUAGAAGAGGUAUUUGAAAUCCAAACAUCAAGUUUUGAAGAAAUCACACACGACACGGUAUCAGCUCCGUUGAUCUGUUUGAUUCUCUCUGAUUUACCGAAGUUGAGGUAUGUGUGGAAAAAUGAUCCUCAUGGAGCUAUUACCUUCACUCACCUUGAGGAUGUUGUAGUUAUGGAAUGUCCAAGUCUGAAAUCAAUCUUUCCACUUUCCAUUGCCAAAGAUCUCUCCAAACUUCGAAAACUAUUUCUUUCUUUUUGUGGGAUAGAACAAAUUGUUGAAGCUGUGGGAACUACAGUGUCCGUACCGCCUGAGUUUGUAUUCACUCAAUUGGAAGAAAUGAAAUUGUACCAUUUGGAAAAUCUCGCGUGUAUCUAUCCAGGAUUGCAUACCUCAAGUUGGCCUUCAUUAACGACUCUAGUUGUGAAGAAAUGUGAGAAAGUGAAGGUUUUGGAAUUCUCCUGCUUUCAACAUAAGCGUGUGCAUCAUGAUCAUGAUAAUAGUCCAAUCCCACAAGUACCAUUAUUUUUCACCAAGUUUGAUUCUUUUCCCAACUUAAAGCAGUUGGAACUGUUGGAAUGCAAUUUGGAGAGGGCAUGGGAUGGCGAGCUUCUGCCAAAGUCUCCUUCUUUUAGUAAGUUAACAAGUUUGCAUGUGAGAGGGUGUGGGUUUUUGAAGAAUCUAUUUUCAUCAGCUGUAGCUGCGAAUUCCAAACAACUUCAAUCUCUCAAGAUAACAGAUUGUAAGUUGAUUGAAGAAGUAAUGAGUAAGAAUGGAAAGGUGGAUAAGGUGGAAUUCACUGGACUAAAACUUCUCAACUUCAAAAAUCUUCCAAACCUCGUGUCAUUCUCGACUGAAAUUUUCACUGAGUUUCCACUGUUAACUGAAGUUUCCAUAAAUAGAUGCCCUAUGUUUAAGUCUUUUGUUUCGAAAUUGGAAGAUAAGGAUUGCGCCACAAUGACAUCUCUGUUCAAUGACAAGGUAGCAUUCCCCAGCUUGCAAAGUGUAGAAAUUAAAGGCUUGGUUGAAUUGAAGAUGAUAUGGCAGUACAGACUCAAGGAGACUCCACAAUCUAAAAAGGUUGGAAAUAAGUGA